AUGUCUUCAACCUCGUUAGAUUUGCAAUCGUCCGGAUUGUCCCAUCCCUACGUCCAAACCACGCUUACAGAGGUCACCCACAAAUUGCCCUUGCGGCCACCAUGUCGUAUCAUGUUCAAAAAUGAAUUGGAGCAGCCAUCUGGUAGCUUCAAAUUAAGAGGCAUUGGUCAUUUGAUCGAGAAAUCUAUUGCGAUAGCCCAGAAAGACAGAAAGAGGGCAGAUAUCCAUGUUUUUGCAUCCAGUGGUGGUAACGCCGGUUUGGCUGCUGCUUACCUGGCUCAUUUCUACAAUGUUAAGUGUACGGUAGUACUUCCGGUCAUUUCCAAAGUUGCAGUCAGAGAAAAGCUCAUUAGCUACGGCGCAGACAUUAUUUUGUUCGGCAACAACAUUAACGAAGCUGACCAACACUUGCAGAACUUAAUCAACUCUAUCGACACAGAAAAAACCACUGCUAUAUACUGCCACCCAUUUAACAACCCUUUGAUCUGGCAGGGACAUGCUACCUUGGUAGACGAAGUUGUCCAAGAAGUGUCCAAGGCUGAAGUCAAACAUAUCAAGGGUUUCGUUUGCUCCUGUGGUGGUGGAGGUUUGUACAAUGGUAUUUAUGAAGGAAUGAAGAGAAACAGUCUCAAAGACCUGGAAAUUCUUUUAAUAGAAACCAACGAAGCUCCAACUCUUGCUGAAAGUGUCAGAGCCAACAAAUUGAUCACCCUCAAAUCAGUCAAGUCUUUGGCUACUUCCUUGGCAUGCUCCUAUACUACAUCGCAAUCCUUGAGCAAUUACAAAACUGUAGAAGACGGUAUCACUACCAAGCUCGAAUUGAUAGAUGAUGUCGAUGCCUUGAGAGGAUGUGUCCAGUACUACGACAACUUUGGAAAAGUAGUAGAACCUGCAUGCGGUGCAGCCCUAUCUGUUGUUUACAACAAGUUAGACUUGUUGUACAAGAACUUUUCCCAUCUCAAGCAAGAUGACAUUGUCGUAAUUGUUGUCUGUGGGGGCUCCUGCUCUACAACGAAGGAUCUCGUAGGUUUCAAGCAGUUGCUUGCCAGACAAUCCUCGAAGUUGUAA